AUGUCGAAACAAUCUGCUUUAACACCCAUCGUCGUCUCAAAGGACGACUCAACUUCAUCCCCCAUGAAAGCUAGGGUUACUUCCUCUAUUACAAUGGUGGCCCCCUCCGAGGUGGUCCUUAAUGUAGUUCCUUUGUCAAUGCUUCCAUGCCCUGUCCCUAUUCACAAGAAGGUAAGAACUUCAUCUGCAAAGAAAGCUAAGGCAACUGCUGUGAGUAAGUCUCCCAAACAAUGUAUUGUUGUCAAGAAAGCUCAUUCUAUGAUAAGUCUUUAUGUUGAACCCUUUCAAUAUGCUAAUGUUGAAUCUAAUGUCAAUACUUCUACUAAAGAGGCUAUUGGGUCAAAACAUCUUAGUAGAGUGGAACCCUCUGCUUCAUUUGUAUCGGAAAAGGUAAACCCUAAUGUGAAUGAGGCCAAAAAAGUUUCCAUUGAUAAAAGUAUCCGCAGGUUAGUGGCUACUGUUCUGAAGGAAACUAGGUCUGGUGAUACGCCUGAUGUUACAACAUCUUUGCACCAAGCUGAGCAUCCAGCUGAAACCAUCCCUGAAAACCCUAUUGGUGGUUGUGAUAAUGACUCCAUCUCAACUGAGUAUGAUAAAGAUGUGUCUCCUGAUAACCUUGUGUCUAUGACUGUUGAGGAGAAGCAGGAUGUGUCGGGUGAGGAGGAAAACCCUAGUAGAAGGAAAGAAAAAUAUAUUAUCAUUGUGAAUAUUGAUGAGUUGAACUCGGAUGAAGAAACCAUUGCUAAGAAUCUAUCCCCUGAUAUUGCCAAGAGGAUGAAGAAUAGAAGAAUCAAGGCUGUGAUGAAUGAAGGAAUGCCCUCUAAGAUUGCCAAGAAGAAAGAUGUUGUUGGUCCCACCAAAAUAUGGAGCAAAGUUGGGGCUCCUACUAAGAAGAGGAAGGAGAUAUCUUAUAGUGAAUCUAAUUAUGAUGUUGAACAUGAUGUCCAGGACAUCAUCCCACAGAAGAAAGUAGCGGUGAGAAAGAUACAUGUGAAUGUUCUUAAGGUGCCUUUAGAUAAUAUCUCAUUCCACUCUAUUGAUAAUGUGGAGAAAUGCCAGAGAAGGCUAGCUCUAGAAAGGGAACUUGGACAAGAUGCACUUAAGUGCAAGGAAGUUAUGUAG